AUGUCUAGCGAUCCCACCCUUGCAAUUCCCGUGGACACAGGCCGUCCUGGAGCAUCUCGCACAAGCUCAUCCCAAAGCGUGCAGCGCCCUGUUGAACGCAUCGACGACCGCCAGGAUCUCGGUACUGUCGUCAAACGCGGAACCAAUCCAGCACCAAACAGUCCAGCAGAAGUGGGUGCAGGCAGUACAGCAGACGAACGUCCUACGAGCAUCGACAUCCCGGCUACCAAGGCUUCGAGCACCGGAGACCUCAGAUCUGGUUUGGCCAGUCCAGUAAUCCCUGAUGGUGCUGUUCAGUCACUCGUCGCUAAUAUCCAUGCCGACAACCCAGGCAGCAAGACACCUACGCCUGCAGACAUUCCAAUCACCAUCCUUCGCGCUGGCGUCACCCACAAAGUCUUCAAGGUGCCCAACUACCUGCUCACCAACAAGGUCCCCUUCUUCAAAAAGUUGUUGGCGACCACGCCAGCUCCUACCGAGGCACAACUGACUUUCGAUGAUCUUAACGAGUUCGCCUUUGCACUCUUCAUCCGAUGGUUGUACGGCGGUCUACUCCAGGGUCCCCAUGACUUUCAUUCGGUCCAGCACUACCUCUGUCUGUAUAUGAUCGGUCAGAGAUGGGAUGUCGAGUCGCUCUGCAACGACAGUAAGUACACCUCGAAGGAGAAGGAUAGGCCUCAGCUCACAGUUGAUAGCCNNAUCGAUCUGGUCCGCUUGUACUACCACAAGAACAACAUGACGGCACCUACCUUCCGCCUCGAGUAUAUGUACACUUUCACCAAGACGCCCAACCACAUGCGCAAGUUCUUGGCCGAGACAGCUGCGUUCCGCGCACUCUGUGGUGAACCUGCAGCCAAAGGUGUCUACUUGUCAGACUCAAUGAGGACGCUGAUCGGCAAAGGAGGCGACUUCUCGGUUGACUAUGCUCACUCCCUCAUCAAGCUCACCAAGGACGAUUUCCCCGACCCCAGAAAGGGUUCCAGAUGUGAUUGGCACGAACACGCUAACGGCAAGCUUUGCGCAAAGGAGGACGUGGAGCCAUACAUGACAUCGUGA